UAUAGACGUGGAUCGGUGCAUCCUCAAGUACAGUACCACGUGGUCAUCUACCCAACGCAAAGGUCUGUCGUUAUACAUCGUACCAGCAUCAUGCCGACUGUUAUGUGUUACACCAACCUGGAGAAGGACCAGCUGCCCGAGGACUUCGAGCGCUGGGCAACUGCCCUCGUGGCGGAAGUGCUAGAUAAUCCCGCCAAGUUCGUGAGUGUGAUCGUUGUGCCGGGUGCCCGUAUGUUACGACUAGAAGACCCCUCGCCCAUGAUGCUAGUACAGGUCCAUGCCAUUGGAGUGUUUGAUAAGGAGAGAAACCCCGGUUAUACACAGAAAUUCAACCAAAGCUUUAGGGAAAAACUAGACCUACCCGCUAAAAGAGUGAUUCUACACUACUUCCACGUGGAACAGCAUAUGGUGGGCUAUGUGGAUUGACGACCUAUAUAUAGCUGGUGUUGCAUUGGAGCAUUUUGAUGGACCUUAACUGUCGCUGGUUGGAGUCUAGAACUGAACGAGUGUACAUCAGAGCCACGUGCUACUGGACUUCUCUGAGAAUGUUAUUGUUUUUACUUUGUUUAUAAGGAACGUGCUGAAGAAUAAAACUUCCUAUGUUGAUUGUUUAAGAAUUGAACCGUCUCUGACAGCUACUCAAUACAGCACUGAAAGGACAAUGGUUGAUAACAAUUUGAUAAUAAAUAUGACGACAUUAUUUUAAAAUCAUAAAUGUUCCUUUGCCCUGUAAACUAUAUUUGACUUCCGUCAGAGUGAUACACAGUAUUGUAAUAACGACAUAAUUAAAAUGGAUUUUACUCGCCCAUGACAUCAAUUUU